CACAUCAUCUUCUUCCUCACCGCCCAACUAUUAAACGCCCGCUUCCUCGUCCUCCCCCCACCCGUGACAAAAAGCUCAAACCCUAAGCUUCUCUCCCAAAUGAACUUUUCAUCUCUCUCUCACUUCCUCUUCUUCUCCCUCUGCCUCCUCCUACUCCUCCUCUUCACCCUCUCAUGGCUCCAAACCCCCACCCCUCUCCCCACCUCCCCUGAUCACCUCUCCACUAAUCCAAAACCCAUCCGAUCCUCCAAUCUCCCCUCCACCCCUUCUCACCCUCUCGACCCUCUCACCAUACCCGAAAUCACCGCCGCUCGCUCCAUCCUCCUCUCCCACCCACUCUUCUCCUCCUCCCCUUCGCACCUCAUCUUCCACUCACUCUCCCUCGAUCCCCCCGACAAAUCCUCCGUUCUCUCCUGGUCCUCCGGCCGCCCCCUCCCCCGCCGACGAGCAUCCGCCGUCGUCCGAUUCAAAGGCGAAUACCAUUCCCUCUCCAUCGAUCUCUCCACCGGAACCGUUUCCUCUCUCCCAAACCCUGCCUCUGGUUACCCCACCAUGACGAUCGAAGACAUGACGGCAUCCGCGUCCGCGCCCCUUUCCGAUCCCGCCUUCAAUCGAUCCGUAAUCGCUCGCGGCGUCCGGACCUCCGAUCUAUCUUGCCUUCCUGUUUCCUCCGGCUGGUUCGGACGCGAGAUUGAGAACAGGAGGAGACUGAUUAAGGUCCAGUGCUACUCGAUUGAAGGUACGGCGAACUUCUAUAUGAGGCCGAUCGAAGGUCUUACUGUCUUGGUUGAUCUGGAUACGAAGGAGGUGGUGGAGAUUACUGAUAAUGGCAGAGAUAUUCCGAUCCCUAAAUCGGCGGGGACGGAUUAUAGGUUCGAGGCGGCAAAGGGGAACGAUAAGGGGAGGCUGUUGCACCCGAUCUCCAUCGAGCAGCCGGAGGGGCCGAGCUUCCAGGUCGUCGAUGGCCACAGGGUGAAGUGGGCCGGAUGGGAAUUUCAUUUGAAAGCGGAUUCGAGAGCGGGCUUAGUGGUAUCGGAGGCAACGGUUGAGGAUCCGAUAACGGGAGAGAGGAGGAGCGUGCUUUACGAAGGCUACGCCUCGGAGCUCUUUGUGCCCUACAUGGAUCCGACGGAUGCAUGGUACUUCAAAACCUAUAUGGAUGCGGGAGAAUACGGAUUCGGGUUGCAAGCGAUGCCACUUGUCCCGCUUAACGAUUGCCCCCGCAACGCAUAUUACAUGGACGGAAUAUUCGUCGCCGCCGACGGCCGGCCUUAUGUCAGGGAGAAUAUGAUUUGUGUUUAUGAGAGUUACGCCGGCGAUAUUGGGUGGCGGCAUUCGGAGAGCCCCAUAACGGGAAUGGAGAUAAGAGAGGUUAGGCCGAAGGUGACGCUUGUGGCGAGGAUGGCGGCAUCAGUGGCGAAUUACGACUAUAUUGUGGAUUGGGAGUUUCAGACGGACGGCAUCAUUCGUGUCAAGGUAGGUCUCAGCGGUAUCCUCAUGGUGAAAGGCUCGCCUUACACGCACGUAAAGCAAUUCCCAUCCAAGCAAGACACAUACGGCACUCUGCUUUCAGAAAACAUAAUCGGAGUCAUCCACGACCACUUCAUCACUUUUCGACUCGACCUCGACGUCGACGGCACUAACAACUCCUUCGUGAAGGUCGAGCUUGCCAGACAGAACACCGAGUCCGGCGAGUCUCCUCGCCGGAGCUAUCUCAAGGCGACGCGGCAUGUCGCCCGCACGGAGAAGGAGGCGCAGAUCAAGCUUAGCCUCUACAAACCACACGAAUUCCAUGUCAUCAAUUCGGAGAAGACGACCCGAGUUGGAAAUCCGGUGGGUUAUAAGGUGGUUCCGGCCGGCACGGCGGCGGCGCUGCUUGACGUGAAUGAUCCCCCUCAGAUCAGAGGUGCAUUUACUAACAACCAGAUAUGGGUGACGCCACGCCACAACAACGAAGUCUGGGCGGGCGGGCUGUUCGUGUACCAGAACAAAGGGGAGGACACGUUGGCCGUCUGGUCUGAGAGGAACCGUCCGAUUGAGAACAAGGACAUAGUAUUGUGGUACACGCUGGGAUUUCACCACAUCCCAUGCCAGGAAGACUUUCCGGUAAUGCCCACCGUCUCCUCCAGCUUCGAUCUAAAGCCCGUGAACUUCUUCGAGAGGAAUCCGAUCCUCAAUUCGGCCCCUAAUAUGGAGAAAGACCUUCCCGUCUGCACAGCUGCUGCUGCUGCUUGAUUUAUUCGAGGGGGUUUGCUGUAAAUAUGGAGGAUUUCAUGGUUUUAACGGUAAUUUCUCAUGUAAAUUAUGGUUUACAUGCACUUUGAUGAUGGCUUUUGAUGAAAUGUGAUAAAACCAUGAAACUUGCUAUGUUAGUGCAGGUUGAUUAUUUUAGUUAUUUGGGAUUGGUAUUAUGAAUUCAA